AUGGAUGAAAGAUUAAAGAGGUUUGAUGUAUUUGGGUUAUCAAGAAAUAAAUAAUCAUAAAAACAAUUGGAUUCAACAAGAAGAUUAGAUGAUAGAAGUUUUUUAUAAUUAAAAUAAUAUAAGCAUGAAUUCAUAAGAACUCCUUCUAAUUCUAAUACAUGUUAAACGCAAAUGAAAAAACUUAGGCUAAAAUAAAAGCCAUAAAUUAAUCAAAACUAAAUAUUGUCUUAUUCAUUAUCAAUAUAAAAUAUUGAAUAAUUACCAAAUAGAUCUUUAGAUCCGAAAGUAAUCAAAAUAAUACUUCCAAAUCAUAAAAAGAACACUCAAUCUCAAAAAGAUGGAUUAACUACGACCAGAAAUCAUUAUAACAAUUAUUUUGCUCAUCAAGAUAAAAGCGAAAACAGAGUAUAUUAAUAUUUAUAUUUCUUUAGGCAUCAUUUCCUACAAUAAAGUUUAAAAAUAAGGUUGUCAAAUCAUAAUUUGAAGCUAAUUUACAAUUCUAUAAAAAAUAACAGAGCAUUCCUAUAUAAGUGAAGCUAGCAAAUCAGGAUAACAUCAAGAGGGAAUUUGAAUCAAUAAGAAAUAGGUAUGUUAAAAGUAGAACUGAACUUGAAAAUAAUGCUGAUCAAAAUAAACCUUUUCUCUCAACUUAAAAGUCAAAGUUUCAUUUGUCUCAACAAAGAAGUUAUAAUUAAAAACAAAUUACAAUAAAUAAUAAUUCAGUUGAGUAAGAUACUCUUAAAAUAUAUUAGAUCUUAAACAAACUUAGACCUUGAAUAUCUAGAAGACUUUUAGAAAUAUCAUAAAAAAAAUAUUGAUCAACUUAGAGAUGAAGUAAUUCAAAAUUCCUGA